AUGGAUUCACUCGGCGGUAUUGCGUCCAAACUCAAAUACAUCAAUCAAGAUGAAGAUACCAUCAAAAAAGCCAAGAUCGAAAAUUGCGUCGGCUCGGUCAAAGUCCCUGUUGGAAUUGCCGGCCCUCUGAACGUCAAGGGCACCGAUGGAACAGAUGGCGUAUUCCAUGCCCCAUUGGCAACUAGUGAAGCUACACUUGUCGCGAGCUGCUCACGUGGAUGCAAGGUCUUCAAUGCUAGUGGUGGUGUUCAAUUCAAAGUACUCCGAGAGACCAUGACGAGAGGCCCCGUCUUCUGGUUUUCUUCACCGGGGGAUGCCAUAUCAUUCUACGACUUGGUACCAAGCCUCUUCUCCGAAUUUCGAGACGCUGCACAAUCUACCAGCAAACACGCCAAACUUCUCAGAAUUGAGCCUCAACUCAUCGGUAGCACCGUUCACGUCUUGUUUGAAUACUAUUGUGGAAAUGCCGUGGGCCAGAACAUGGCUACAUUCGCCACCGAGAAAGCAUGUGAUCGUUUCGCAGCAUCAAACAAUGCCCGUGUUGUGAAACUUCAAAAAGUCACUAUUGAGGGCCAAUUGGCUGCGGAAAAAUCUCUCUCUUGGAGAAACAUCCUCCAAUCGCGUGGCGUGGCUGUCAUGGCAUGGGGGACGGUCACACCGGAAGCUUGCCAGAAAGUUCUAGGGAUUUCAACUUGGGACCUAUAUCAACUUAUCCAAAAUAGCAAGGAGGCUGCUACGCGAACCGGGCAGCUGGGCUAUAAUAUCAAUCAGGUGAAUGUGAUUGCGGCAAUGUUUAUUGCGUGUGGUCAAGAUGCUGGGAGCAUUGCGGAAUCAGCGUGGAGCCACUUGGCUACUGAAUUCAAUGAUGAAACCAAGGAGCUGGGUGUAUCAACAUACCUUCCGAGUCUUCCAGUUGGAACUGUUGGUGGGGGUACUGUUUUAGAUACACAGAGAGAGGCGUUGGAGAUCCUUGGAUGUAUUGGUCCAGGGUCCAAAGGUCGUUUGGCGGGUCUAAUUGCGUCAUUUUCUCUUGCCCUGGACAUCAGUACAUCAUUACAAGUUUGCAAGAGAUCCUCCGAGUCGUGA